AUGGCUUCCAAACCUCAAGCUUACUCAGGCAAACAAGUACCGUUUUCUUCUGAAAAUGAAGUCUGCAGACAAGCCCACUUUAUUAAAUCACCACCCCCUCAGCUUUUCUCCUCCCAGGCCUCCUGGAAAAGUCGAUAUUUUAUCCUGUCAAAAACUGAGAAAAAUUGUUACAGUCUUCAGUAUUUUAAAGACCAUCAGUACCGGGGUGCCAUUGGAGUUGAUGAAAUUUCCAGUAUAGAAGUUGGCAUCAGUAACCAAGAGAAAAUGGCAUUAGUCCAAAAGAUGUUUAAAUGCUUACCUGGUGAAGUGAUGUCCAUUAUAACUCCUAAAAGGGAUUACUUUCUCAUUAGCAAAGACUGGAGGACAAUUGAUGACUGGGUCUCCUUCAUAUCAUCAUCCUGCCUGGAUCUGAAAGACACCCAUCAGAACGUGAAGAAUCCAAAUCUUGUAAAUCAAGAUGCCAGAAACGAGGCCAAUGUUGUACGGCCUUUUGACUCCGGAGGAAACCAGAACAUCUAUGAAAUCAUUCCAGAAGUCCAUGAUGAAGUGUGGGAGAUAGAUUUCUCAGAAGACAAAAGGCCUGCUUCCCACCCUGACCAUUCUUCUGGAUCUUCUACUUCACUAAAGGACAAGACCUACUCAAGCCUUCCAAGAAACGGCCUCCCAGACGUGAAAACAGCUGCUCUCACUCGAUCACAUGCAGUGAAAUUGAAAACACUUCUUAAGCAGCAUCAAACAGAAGGGAAUUCUUCAAGACCCGGCCAAUCUCCUCUGAUGAGUGAUUUAGCUCCUGAGAACCAGCAAGAGACAGAAGAUGAGAAUCAUUAUCUUAGUCCUCGAAAUGUUCUUGCCCAGUUGGACAAUGUAAUUGCUUCCAAUGAAGACAAGGAAUUUGCUGAAUCCAAAGAACCAGACCAGGUCUCCAAGCCAACUGAUCAUCUCUACAUGUCAAUGAAAUCUCGUUUUGAUGAAGAGAAAUUCCAGCAACCUUCCAACAGCGAAGAUGAAGCUCAGGCCUUUCCAGAGAACCAGGCUGAGGGGCUCAACCUGCAGGGACAAGAGGAUAGAAGCAAGCUGUGUCAUUCCUCCAGUAGCAAAGGACCAAAGACCAAGAACCAGAAAAAGGAAUUGGUUUCACUCUCUGUUGUGCAGCUAUCUAGAAUAAUCAAUAACAUACCUGCCGGAAGCCCCUUGGAAAAGGUGGAUGUAUUCCUUUCCAAGAAGGACAUAAACAAAUACCUGACAUUCACACAAGCCAUGGGUCAUAUAUGUGUGACUCAGUGGGAAGGUGCCCCUCACUUGGGAUGUAUAUUUCACCAUGGUGAUCGCCUAUCAGCUGUGAAUGACCUUAAGCCUCAUACCCUGGAGGAAGCAGGCUUAUUCCUGGACAGGUCCUUAGGGAAGGAGGUGAAAUUGACCAUCUGCCGGAUCCCUGGUUCAGAUAAAUUCCACACUAGGGCCUGUGCCUGCUCUUGAAAAAUGCCAUUUUGGCUAAGGUUGGAGUGGUAACCAUCCCCACUACAGAAAAGUAGUGAAAGAAUAUGAACAAAGAGUUAUCAAUAAGAAUUUCAAACAAGAAUGGAGGAGGAGGAGUGAAUAUUAACAUAUCAAAAGGAUGCUUCAAGUCACUACUAAUCACGGAAAAUGCAAAACGGAAACAACCUUGCAAUUUUACCUCACACUCAGCAAACUAGAAAAAAAGGACAGAAGAUGGGAAGACUCAACAGUGAACGGGCUGUGGAAAAAUGCGAGCAACCAUACAUUAUUAGUAGAGCUGCUAAUUGGUCCGAUCUUUCUGGAAAGCAUUUUGGAAUUAUGUGAAGUGACUAAAAUAGCUGCUAGACAAAGACAGUAAGGUAAUCAGAAACAAAAAGAAAGUCCCUAUAUAUGCCUAAAUUCAUAGCGACAUUUUUGUACAUGGUAGCAAAAAACUG